AGAGAAAUUAAAAAUAAAUUAUUUGCCCACCUCACACUGCCAGUGGCAAGAGCAGCCAUGCUUUAAUGUUUUCAAUCAGUCAUUUAUAUCCAUCCAUUUAUGUCGGCCUAAUCGUCCAUGUAGAUGUUUUGAUUGUUGCUUUUGAGUUAUCGUGGCGUCACAUUUUAAUACUGACAUCUGUUUUCAGAAUCAAAAUGAGCCUGGAGACGCCACAGCCGGAAUGCGAAAGGUGAAUUCUUUGGCCAUUCAUCGUCUAGCGUCACCAUGAUCAAAUGCACUGUUGCCAGGAGAAUGUAUUGCCGGGAGGUUGGAGAAGUGCUCAUUCAGAUGAUCCUGGCACAGCUUGCCAUGGUGGACCAGGCAAGUUUGCAAGGGCCUUGAUUCACCAUGUGUUCACAGAGAACCUCAUGGGCCACUCACUUCUCGGAAACAACACCACCAAUAGGCAAAAAGAGGCUCUUGGCCUUAUCAGGGUCAACGCUGUUAUAGGCUUUACCUGUCACAAGUUUCCUGGGACAAACAUGGCCUACAUUAAGAACACUCUGGCCUCACUUCUCGCAAGGGACCUGAAGUGUCCAGAAGAGCUCAAGUCUGUGGACAGUUCAAGUGUUGUGCACUUGCAGCCCUCAACAUUUUUUUACUAUGAUGUUUCUAGUCACCUGAAAAGCCCAGGUUGGAUGGUUCAGACACAAGUACUGUGUUGUGAUUAAUAAUUAAUUGCACAAGGGUUGCGCUUUGUAUUUUAGUACAUUUUUACGUAAAUCUUUAAUAUAUUUCUACAAAAGAUAGUGUUUCUUGACUAUUUUAUUUCAUAGGUAUCUCGGGUCAUUUCAUGCCAAGACAGUUCCAUGACGGCACACCAUUUCAAGUUUGAUAAAGUAAAAGUAGGCCCAGUGAGA